CCCACUUCAGGUCUUCACUUUUUCUUCACUCUUCCAUCCAAAAAUCUACCCACCAUCACCAUGCUCCUGUCAUCCAAAUCCUACCCAAUCUCCUGCAAUUUCCCUUCCCACCCCAGAACCCUAACCCUAACCCUAACCUCCGCAAACCAGCGCACCUUCGCACCUAAAACCCUAAAUUUCCCCAAAACUCUUGUCCUAAAGGCCAAGUUCAGGUCUUUUCUAGUCUGCCAUGAUUCCAUGAAUAAGGACCCAGCUGGGGAAGAGAGCAGGGCUCCCUUGGAGAGGAAUGGGGAUGGCGGGAAAGGAAACGAUUGGUCGACUUCGAUUUUGCUGUUCGGGUUCUGGGCUGGGCUCAUGUACUAUGUUUUCAAGCUGACGCCGAAUCAAACUCCGUACAGGGAUAUAUAUUUUCUGCAAAAGCUGUUGAAUCUGAGGGGAGACGAUGGCUUCCAGAUGAAUGAUGUACUCGUGGCUUUGUGGUACAUCAUGGGUCUGUGGCCCUUAGCAUAUAGCAUGCUCCUGCUCCCAAGUGGAAGAAGCUCAAAGAGCAAGGUUCCAGUGUGGCCUUUCCUUGUACUUUCAUGCUUUGGUGGUGCAUAUGCUCUUAUUCCAUACUUUGUCCUCUGGAAACCGCCACCACCAGCAGUUGGAGAAGAUGAAAUCAGCAAAUGGCCUCUUAAUUUCCUCGAAUCAAAGAUAACUGCUGCUAUAUCGCUUGCUGCAGGUUUCGGACUAAUUACAUAUGCUGGUUUGGCAAAUGCUGAUGUGUGGAAAGAAUUCUUUCAAUACUUUAGAGAAAGCAAGUUUAUCCAUGCUACUUGCCUAGACUUUAUGCUGCUGUCAACCUUUGCUCCCUUCUGGGUGUACAACGAUAUGACUGCUAGAAAAUGGAUCGAUAAAGGCUCUUGGCUUCUGCCCCUUGCACUGAUUCCUUACCUUGGUCCUUCGUUGUAUCUUCUUCUUCGUCCACCUCUUUCAUCAUUGCUGACAAGUGAAGAGUGAUCAUAUUCAUGAGUUAUUGCAUUCAAGAUUUGUUUACACAGAGGCUACUAUGUGAAUUGCUCACAAGUUACAGCGAAAAAUGAAAUCUGCAUUCAAAGCUAGUAGUUAAUGCAGUUCAAGAUUGCAGGAUGAGAUACAGACCAAGCUUUAAGUUUUCAAUUAGUAUCUUAGAGAAAUCAUUUUAUGAUACAAAGAAGCUGGAAAUUUGUAAUGACACAUGUAAGUAUAUUCUGUACCAAUGUAAUACUAUCAAGUAUAGUUUGUUAGGUGCUUGCUGCUGUACGGAAGCACGAUUAAAUCUGCGAAACUGAAUUCUCCUUUUGUAUGCUUUCGCAUCUGGAGUAGUUUUCUUUUUCUUUUU